GUUCGGGUGCGGAAGUACGUGCAUUGUUUUGCUAGCUAUGCUCAUGCUGCAAUCACCGCCAGUCUAGCCUCUUAUUAAAUACACCUUUUAAAUAGUAUUUUAUCUUUUUGUCACUGUUAAACAGUCAACGAAACCCAUGGUCAGGAUGACACAGAGACGCUGCCUGGAGGGCCAGGUGUACCAGGUUCCUCUCAUCCAGCCGGACCUGAGGCGGGAGGAGGCUGUUCAUCACAUUGCAGAUGCAUUGAUGUAUUUAGAGGCCAUUUCUACGGACAUUUUCAGUAGGGUUUCAGAGAGCGUAGAGAGGAACCGCCGCCAGCUGCAGAGUGUCUCUGACCGGAUCAGGGUAGCCCAGGCCCGGGUUGACAAGAUUAAAGGGAGUAAGAAAGCUACCAAGGUUUUUUCCAGUGCCAAGUACCCAGCCCCAGAUCGACUUCAAGACUACUCAUCUAUCUUCACUGGUGCUGUGGACCCCUCCUUACAAACUCGCCCCCGAAACAGAAUACAGAAUAAAUUUCGACCCUUUGAUGAGAAGGCUUUGCAGGAGAAGCUGAUGUAUUUCCCGCUCUGCGUAAGCAAUAAGAAGAAGUCCGAGGAUGAGACAGAAGAAGGAUUGGGCAGUCUGCCUCGAAAUAUCUCAUCCAUCAGCUCUCUAUUGCUCUUUAAUACCACAGAGAAUCUAUAUAAGAAGUAUGUGUUCCUUGAUCCUCUGGCGGGAGCAGUAACGAAAACACACACGACACUAGAGACAGAGAAGGAGCAGAAACCAUUUGAUGCGCCUCUGUCCAUUACAAAGAGGGAGCAGCUGGAGAGACAGACAGCAGAGAAUUAUUUCUACGUGCCAGACCUGGGUCAGGUGCCUGAGAUAGACGUGCCAUCCUACCUGCCUGACCUGCCAGGCAUCGCAGAUGACCUGUCGUAUAGUGCCGACCUCGGGCCGGGAUUCGCCCCCUCAGGACUCUCGCAAAACAUCCCUGAACUGCCCUCCAUCCCAGAUGAGAGGAAUGCAGCAGGACCUCAGUUUCAGCCGAAUUCCCCACCACCACCACCUCCUCCACCCCCUCCUCCUCCCCCUGCGCCUGCUCUCGCUUCUCCUGCAGCGGCGCCUCCUCCUCCCCCUCCCCCUCCUCCACCACCACCUCUGGCAGAGAGCACUGAAGUCACUCAAGCGCCAAGUUCAGGCCCCGUGUCUGGUGCUCCCAGCAAAGUGGCUCAGCCGUCAGACGGCCGUGCCAGUCUGCUGGAAUCCAUCCGCAACGCCGGGGGCAUCGGCAAAGCCAACUUGCGCAACGUUAAGGAACGCAAGAUGGAGAAGAAGAAACAAAAGGAGCAGGAGCAAGCAGUCGGAGUGGCAUCUAGUGGUGGUGACUUCAUGUCUGAUCUAUUCAAUAAACUCGCCAUGCGCAGAAAAGGCAUAUCCGGUAAGGGUCCGGCUGGUGGAGAACAGGGAGAAGCUCCCCCUGCUACUGGUGGCGCGUUUGCCAGGAUGUCGGACGCCAUCCCACCACUUCCCGCUCCACAGCCAACGGACGACGAGGAUUGGGAAGCAUAACGUGACGGACAAUGAAUGGGAUCGAGCCUUUAAUCAUUUUAUGUACAGAGAAUUUAACAUUUUGCUCUCAUUAAUAAUACAAGAAGUGACUUUCAAAUAAAAAGGGAGUGUUUGCCCUCAUAAUCCCAUGUAAAUCUUCUGCAGUAGCUUGUCCAAAGCUAAAAUAAACAUCACUAAUACACAAA